AUGCUGUUUGCAGACUCCGACGAAGAGCAGGUGUUGAGCCUUGGGUUUCAGGACUCCUGCAACAUCCUUGUGUACAUCAACAUGGGCAAGGCCUUGUUUGCGGGAAUUCCUUUCAGCCGUGCGCCUGACGGCAUGGUGGUGUCGCCGGGCAUCAAUGAGAAGCGAAGACGAAAAACAGAGAAGAUUGGCACCAUUCCGGCGGACUUUAUCCUCCGAGUUGUUAAUCGUUAUGGUGCUGAUCGAGAAGAAGUCUUUCCACAAAGCAGAGGCGCAGUCUGGCGCAGCACUUCCUCGCCGCAAGCUGAACUGAACUUGAAAGCUACAUGGUCGCGUGGGCAGACUGUCAAGUGUGCAUCAGGUUCCAUGGGGAUUCCCUUUUUUUGCAUGAGCAAAAAGACACCACCGGCCAUGCGAGUUGUUCUUUGCUUUGAAGCGGAAGUCUGGCUACGGGCUUUCUGA